CAUGAGAGGUUCGUCGCGAGUCAGUGAUCAGUCUGAGGCAAGACACCGAGGAGAAUAGGAGUGGAGGGCAGAGUAGCCCCAGAGCCUCACCACAAUGAAUCGGGCACGCGUUUUAUCACACUUACUUUCAAGGGCUCCACCAGGGACCCCCCUGGCUGCUGCGAGAACUUUUCUAUAUGGGGGCACUCGAGGAAAGGCCUCGGCCCCACCCCCUCCCACAGCCCUCGCUGCAGAGCCUUUCCUGAAUGGCUCCUCCUCUAACUAUGUGGAAGAAAUGUAUACUGCCUGGCUUCAGGACCCAAAAAGUGUCCACCAAUCGUGGGACACCUUUUUCCGAAAUGCCUCAGCUGGUGCAGCCCCAGGUACAGCCUACACAGCCCCUCCCUCCCUUGCGGAACCCACCCCGCACCAUGUUCCCCUGUCCUCCAUUGCCCCUGCCAUGAGCACCAGCCCCAUGGUUGGAGACGUUCAAAUUUCGGACAAAGUUAUUGACGACCACUUGGCCGUACAAGGCAUCAUCAGGGCAUAUCAGGCUCGUGGGCAUUUGGUAGCAGCGUUGGAUCCACUUGGCAUAGACCGAGAAGCCCUCAAGGACCGCCCCCCCACCACGCUGCCGUCCAGAACUGUAGUCCGCUCCUAUGUUGAUGCAUUUGGCGAAGAAGAUAUGGAACGCUCAUUUAAGUUGCCAAUGUCAACUUAUGUUGGAGGCAAGGAAAGACAGCUGCCACUCAAGGAGAUUAUCCAAAGAUUAGAAAAUGCUUAUUGCCGCUCUAUUGGUGUUGAAUUCAUGUUUAUCAAUUCACUAGAGCAAUGUAAUUGGAUUCGUCAGAAGUUUGAAGCGCCAGGUGUAAUGACAAUGGAUUCUAUGGAGAAACGUCUCCUCCUUGCAAGAUUAACACGCUCACAUGGGUUUGAGGCAUUUUUGGCCCGUAAAUUUUCAUCGGAGAAGCGUUUCGGCUUGGAAGGUUGUGAGAUCUUAAUCCCUGCAAUGAAACAGGUGAUUGACCGUUCCACUUCCCUUGGAGUUGAAAGCUUUGUCAUGGGAAUGCCACACAGAGGCCGCCUCAAUGUACUGGCCAAUGUGUGUAGGAAGCCCCUUGAGCAUAUCUUCACACAGUUUGCAGGGCUCGAGAGUGCUGAUGAGGGUUCAGGUGAUGUAAAAUACCACUUGGGAACUUACCAAGAGCGACUGAAUCGUGUGACCAAUAAAAAUAUCCGUCUUGCCAUUGUUGCCAAUCCAUCCCAUCUGGAAGCAUGUGACCCUGUUGUCCAGGGCAAGACGAGAGCUGAGCAGUUCUACCAUGGAGACUCUGAGGGCAAGAAGGUGCUGUCCAUUCUUCUUCACGGAGAUGCUGCCUUCUCAGGCCAGGGCAUUGUAUAUGAAACUUUCCACUUGUCAGAGCUCCCAGAGUACACCACCCAUGGCACUAUUCAUAUUGUUGUCAACAACCAGAUUGGCUUUACAACUGACCCUCGCAUGUCCCGUUCUUCCCCUUACUGUACUGAUGUGGCUCGUGUCGUCAAUGCGCCCAUCUUCCACGUAAAUGCUGAUGACCCUGAGGCUGUCAUGCAUGUCUGCAAUGUUGCAGCUGACUGGCGCAGCACUUUCCAUAAGGAUGUUGUCAUUGACUUGGUGUGCUACAGACGUAAUGGUCACAAUGAAAUUGACGAGCCUAUGUUCACACAGCCACUCAUGUACACUAGGAUUCGUAAAUUGAAGCCUGUGAUUGAACUUUAUGGAGAUAAGCUCAUCAAUGAGGAGGUUGUAACACCAGAGGAAGUUAAGGAAGUAAAGGACAAAUACGAAAAGAUUCUCGAGACUGCCUUUUCUGUGGCAAAGCAGCAAACUCAGGUGUUCAACAAACAUUGGAUUGACUCCCCUUGGUCUGGCUUCUUUGAGGGCAAGGAUCCCCUAAAGAUCUCUCCCACUGGUGUUCAUGAGGACACUCUGAAGCACAUUGGCAAGAAGUUCUCAAGUGCUCCUCCUAAUGCCAGUGACUUUGUUAUCCAUAGAGGCAUCCAGCGUAUUCUCAACAGCCGCAUGGAUAUGGUUGAAUCUCGCACAGCUGACUGGGCCUUGGGAGAAGCCAUGGCUUUUGGUUCUCUGCUCAAGGAAGGAACCCAUGUUCGUCUCUCAGGCCAGGAUGUGGAAAGAGGAACUUUCUCCCACCGACACCACGUGCUUCACCACCAGAAGGUGGACAAGUCCCAGUACAAUGCACUUGCCAACCUCUACCGUGACCAAGCCCCAUACACAGUCUGCAAUUCCUCAUUGUCGGAAUAUGCCGUCCUUGGCUUUGAGCUUGGCUUCUCGAUGACAAACCCCAAUGCACUGGUUAUCUGGGAGGCUCAGUUUGGUGACUUCAACAACACAGCACAGUGCAUUAUUGACCAGUUCAUGUCAUCAGGCCAGUCCAAAUGGAUCCGACAGUCUGGGUUGGUUCUCCUGCUUCCCCAUGGCAUGGAAGGAAUGGGUCCAGAACACUCCAGUGCUCGCCUUGAGCGCUUCCUACAGAUGACUUCUGAUGACCCUGAUGUUCUCCCACCUUUCUCGGAUGACUUUGCCAUCAGGCAGCUGUCUGACAUCAACUGGAUUGUUGCCAACUGCUCGACACCUGCCAGCUACUUCCACAUUUUGCGACGACAGAUUGCUCUGCCAUUCCGUAAACCCCUGAUCAUCAUGACCCCCAAGUCCCUUCUCCGACUCCCCGAAGCUCGAUCCUCGUUUGAUGAAAUGAUUGAGGGAACAGAAUUCCAGAGAAUGUACCCUGAAGCUGGUCCUGCCUCAAACAACCCAGCCAGUGUCAAGCGACUCAUCUUCUGCUCUGGUCGUGUCUACUAUGACCUUAUUCAAGCUCGCAAGGAGGCUGGAUUAGAGGAAAAGAUUGCUAUUGCACGUGUGGAACAGAUUGCACCAUUCCCAUAUGACUUAGUCAUGAAGGAAUGUGCCAAGUAUGCAGAUGCUGAAUUGGUCUGGUCACAGGAAGAACACAAGAACAUGGGGGCAUGGUCGUAUAUCCAGCCUCGCAUUUCCACUGCUUUGAACCAUGAACGUCACAUUUCUAGAGAGCGUGUCAAGGUUGCGCACGAUUCAGAGGACCAGUCUUGGUACGAGUAUUGGUUCCCUUGGUUCUUCCCAUCAUCGGGCCCACCUGAACCUGAGAGCCCAGCUCCAAGUCAGGUUCAUGUAGCCUCCAAACCUAUACGACCAGUGAGAUAUGCUGGCCGUCCAGUCUCGGCCUCUCCUGCCACCGGCAACAAGAAGACCCACAUUCGUGAGAGCAAGCAGCUCCUGGAGGACUCCUUGGCAUUGUAGAUAUACCCUCGCACAUGCCUCUUUGUGCUGAUGGGGAAGAAAAACAAAUCAACCAAGCCAACCGCAUAUAGCCAAAUUCGGUUGAUGAAGUGCAAGAAGACCACAUUCAAGAUGACUCACAAUGCAAGAUGCUGACUCAUUGCGAUGGAAUGGCUUGAAGAGAAGGGGGGAGGGCAAAGGGAAGAGAGAGAGAGAGCGAGAGAGAGAGAGAGUUAUGAAACUCUGAUAAUUUGAACAUCUCACUGUUCGUAGAAUGCAUUGUGGGGAAUUUUUUUUUUUUUUUUUUUUCUUUUUUUUUCUUUUUUAUUUGUUUUCCCCCUUCAGUUCAUUUGUCUGUUCUGGUUGAGCUGUAUAAUGGGGUCACGUGAAAAGAAAAGCUAAUAGUAUUGAAGGAUGGCAAUUUAUUUUCUGGUGAUUGAUCAAGGUUCCAUUUUUUUUUUUUUUUUUUUAUACCUUUGUUCUUAUUGUUCAUUAAUUAUUUAUUUCUUUUCAUAUAGUUAUAUUUUGGGUUUCCAGUCUUGAAAAAUGUUAUGAUUAUGAAUUAUUGUAAAUAGUAGUGUAAAGUACUACAAGUCUGUCUAUAGAAGGUGGGUCCCAGUUUCUGUGGGAUCAUAUUUAUAUACUUGUACAUUUACUUCUUCAGUAAUAUGAGUUGGCAACACAGCCCCAUAAGAAAAGAAAGUUUUGCUAAUAGAUUUGACAUGUAAGAGGCUGGAAUGAUGCUGGGAAGAUAGGUUAAUAUUUAUGUAAAAAACAAAAUUGAAAAAAAAAGAUUUUUAAAUAACUUAACUGCACACAAAGUACUGCUGAUUAUGACAUUUGUACUAUUGUUAUUUGCUAAAAAAAAAGUAAAAAAGAUGAGAGCAGAUUGCUGUCCUGUAGAUUAAACUUGCUAGAUAAGAGUAAAUGAGGAAUGACAUUAAGCACAAGAGGUUGUGGUAUGUAUUAGCUGCAUUUUUUAUUAUUUAAAUAAUUUAAUUCUAUGUGGUUCAAGCCUGCCUGUAUUUAUAUGUAUGAGAAGGAAUCAUUUAUAUUUGAUAUAAGGAUAUUGGUUUGAAGCAGUUUACACUUAACAUUGGAGUAAAGAAUGCAGCUUAGUGUGAUAAAGAGCUCAGUGUGUUUGUGAGAUCUGAUUAGCAAGUGUGUUAGGUUUCAGUUGUGUUGUAAUGCUCAAUUGGUUAAUGGGACUGUGAGAGGAUCAAGUGUGAGAUCAUUGUUUGAAUUGCUGAUCAUAUCUCUUGCACAAUCAACAAAUUUUAACACUGACUUCUUAAUAUAGAAAUAUUUUUCAGUAGUUUUGAGCUUGUAGGGCUAUCCCAUCCCUUUUAACUUGCUUCCUGUUUUCUGCUUCACUCUCUUCUCCCCUCUUCCUCUCCUGUCUUCUCUUCUAUCCUCUCUCCUCUCUCCUGUCACACUCACUCACAUUCAUUCAAUCUCACUAUCUCUUUUUCCGCCUCUCAAUUGUUGCUCACUAAUACCCCCUUUGUCAUGGUAUAAGGGUUGUCCAAGUCUGAAACACAGUGGAUUUUCCACCAUUGUGAUAUUCAGUAGUGACUCAAAAGCCUACCUAAUGUUGAACUGUCAGUGCUACUUUAGCCUGUGUAUGUGACCAUGCCAUCACACUGAUGGUGCACAGUUAAGUAUUUGAGGUUACACCUAUAUGUUGCUGGAUUACUUAAGUUUACAGAUAGACAUUCUGAAGUUCCUUGUUCACAUCAUUGUAUGGUUGACUCUCCCCCAUGCCAAUGAAGUUUUUGGAGGCCCUUUUUAGAGAUUAUCUCUUAAAGGGCUCUUAUUAAGGUGAAAAUUCCUUUCUAGCAUCUUUUUGGGGAAGGCCCAACAGUAUUGACAAUAGUUAUAGCCACUUGUUAUAACUGAGCUUGAUUCACUUUUGUCAGUAUAGUUCUCUUAUUUAGCAUAGUAUAAUUAAUCUGCAGUUGUGUUAGAAGCAAUGUCUUUCUUUACUGUGUAUUGACCUAGUCCAGCUACCAAAGUAUGAAUUUUAAUAUUGGUUUAUUUGAAGGUGUACAUUUAAACUUAUUAUUACUAUAAUAAUCUUACCAUCAGAGCAGUUCAAGUUUUUAAACAUAUGAAGAAGAAUUCAGCCUCCCAGAUAAUCCAGUUCAUAUAAAGUUUCGGUAUUUUAUGAAAUGCAAAUUAUUUGUAGAUAAUAGCAGAGCCACAUGGGUCCCCCUUGCAUGUACUCUGUUUUGCGUAGUAAUAAUGGCAACACUUAUAGUUCAUUAUGCAAGUAGAUACAUGUCUUAAUCUCUUAAAGAGUAGUGGUGUUCAGAUUUGAUUUACAGGUUUCUUGGUUGAGCAAGUGUGGAAAUGUGAAUAUCCUGCAUUUUGUGGAACUUCGUUUUUAGCUUAACUAUUUUACAACUUGUUAACCACCUUGAAGGAAUCAAUAUGAGUACUUUAGAGCUUAACCCAUGCAAACAACUCCAGAAAAUUUGGAAUUAGCCAUUUUGUCACAUACUAUGUUUGGUGUUGACAUUCAGUUUGAGCACCAAGUGCCUGAUCACAUCCACAAAAAUGUGUAAAAGUCGUAUUGCACCAUUAUAUUUUAUGCUAGUUCUACUUCUAUAGGAUUGGUUGUUACUUGCACUGGAAAAGCCAUCCUGAGAAGCACAUACCAGCCCCCUGUACUAUGCAUAAUACCCAGAAAACAAAUAAUUUUUUCACUGGUACUGAAUUUUUGCUUGGGAAAUCAUCUCAGUGAAGAUUGUAAAUAAUGUUUUUAUUUUACAAGCAGUGCUGUACAAUGGUAAAAUAAGAAAAUAUAUCGUACUACAAUGUU